CCGAGGCAGAGGAAUCCGGUAGUCGCCGAGCACGGCCCUCUCGGCUCCUCCCUCUCCAGUGCCGACCUCCCCAAGAUGGCGGGCGGUGGUGAAUCGCUUCCGCUUCCGGGGUGAGCGGCCAGGCCCACGGGGGGGCAAGAUGGCGGCGGCAGUGGGGGUCCGCGGCCGGUGCGAGCUGCCUUCUUGCUCCAGCCCAGGCUGGCUCUUCAGCCUUUCCGCCUUGCUGAGUAUGGCGGCACGAGGGGCCUUCGCCACCACGCACUGGGUCGUCACGGAAGACGGGAAGAUCCAGCAGCAGGUGGAUUCACCAAUGAACUUGAAGCAUCCUCAUGACCUUGUCAUAUUAAUGAGACAAGAAACAACAGUUAACUACCUCAAAGAAUUGGAGAAACAAUUAGUUGCUCAAAAAAUUCAUAUAGAAGAGAAUGAGGACAGAGACACAGGACUGGAGCAGAGACAUAAUAAAGAAGAUCCAGACUGCAUCAAGGCCAAGGUGCCCUUAGGGGACCUGGAUCUGUAUGAUGGCACAUACAUAACUCUAGAGAGCAAAGACAUCAGCCCUGAAGAUUAUAUAGACACAGAAUCUCCUGUCCCUCCAGACCCUGAGCAACCUGAUUGUACUAAAAUACUAGAGCUUCCAUAUAGUAUACAUGCUUUUCAGCACUUGCGAGGUGUACAAGAGAGAGUUAAUCUUUCUGCACCUCUGUUACCUAAAGAAGAUCCAAUCUUCACAUAUUUAUCUAAACGGUUAGGAAGAAGUAUAGAUGACAUAGGUCACCUCAUUCAUGAAGGCCUGCAAAAGAACUCUUCCUCAUGGGUACUGUAUAACAUGGCCUCAUUUUACUGGAGAAUAAAGAAUGAGCCAUAUCAGGUAGUGGAGUGUGCCAUGCGAGCACUUCAUUUCUCUUCCAGGCACAAUAAAGACAUUGCACUGGUCAAUUUGGCAAAUGUUCUACACAGAGCACAUUUCUCUGCUGAUGCUGCUGUCGUGGUCCACGCAGCUCUGGAUGACAGUGACUUCUUCACUAGCUAUUACACUUUGGGGAAUAUAUAUGCAAUGCUUGGGGAGUAUAACCACUCAGUGCUCUGUUAUGACCAUGCUUUACAGGCCAAACCUGGGUUUGAGCAAGCUAUAAAGAGGAAGCAUGCUGUUCUUUGUCAGCAAAAACUUGAGCAGAAAUUGGAGGCUCAACAUAGAUCUCUCCAGCGAACACUGAAUGAGUUAAAAGAGUAUCAAAAGCAGCACGACCAUUACCUGAGACAGCAGGAGAUCCUAGAAAAACAUAAACUGAUUCAGGAGGAACAAAUCUUAAGAAAUAUCAUACAUGAGACUCAGAUGGCAAAAGAGGCACAAUUAGGAAAUCAUCAGAUAUGCCGUCUGGUCAACCAGCAGCAUAGUUUACAUUGCCAGUGGGACCAGCCUGUGCGCUAUCAUCGUGGAGAUAUCUUUGAAAAUGUAGACUAUGUUCAGUUUGGUGAAGAUUCAUCAACCUCCAGUAUGAUGUCUGUGAACUUUGAUGUUCAGUCAAAUCAGAGCGAUAUCAGUGAUUUGGUCAAAUCUUCCCCUGUGGCCCAUUCUGUUCUCUGGAUCUGGGGCAGGGACUCUGAUGCAUAUAGGGACAGACAGCAUAUUUUGUGGCCUAAAAGAGCAGAUUGUACAGAAAGCUACCCUCGAGUUCCUGAUGGUGGAGAAUUGCCAACAUAUUUUCUGCCUCCAGAAAACAAAGGACUCAGGAUCCACGAACUCAACAGUGAUGAUUAUUCUUCAGAAGAAGAGGCCCAAACCCCUGACUGUUCCAUAACUGACUUCAGAAAAAGCCACACUCUGUCCUACUUAGUCAAAGAAUUAGAGGUCCGCAUGGAUCUGAAAGCCAAAAUCCCAGAUGACCAUGCACGAAAAAUUUUACUUUCCCGUAUUAAUAACUAUACUAUCCCAGAAGAAGAAAUUGGGUCUUUCUUAUUUCAUGCUAUUAAUAAGCCAAAUGCUCCUGUUUGGCUCAUACUCAAUGAAGCUGGACUCUACUGGAGAGCAGUGGGAAAUAGCACUUUUGCUAUUGCCUGUCUGCAGAGGGCUUUGAAUUUAGCUCCAGUUCAAUACCAGGAUGUCCCUCUUGUCAAUUUGGCCAACCUUUUGAUUCACUACGGCCUUCAUCUUGAUGCCACUAAGCUGCUACUUCAAGCUUUGGCUGUCAACAGCUCUGAGCCCCUGACGUUUUUGAGCCUGGGAAAUGCUUACCUUGCUCUGAAGAAUAUCAGUGGGGCACUUGAAGCCUUUAGACAGGCUUUGAAAUUAACUACCAAAUGCCCAGAAUGUGAAAACAGUCUGAAAUUAAUCCGCUGCAUGCAGUUUUAUCCUUUUCUGUACCACAUCACCUCUUCUGUUUGCAGUGGUAAUUGUCAUGAGAAAACCCUGGACAACAGCCAUGGCAAACAGAAAUAUUUUGACAACUCACAGUCAUUGGAAGCCGGUGAAGAAGAACACUCUGAGAGAGGAACAGAGGAGGACCCUGUACUCUCUGUUGAACAUUCAGGGAGGGACUCAGAUGCCCUUAGACUUGAAAGUACUGUGGUUGAGGAAAGCAAUGGUUCUGAUGAGAUGGAGAAUACAGAUGAAACAAAGAUGUCAGAAGAGAUACUGGCUUUAGUGGAUGAAUUUCAACAAGCAUGGCCCUUGGAAGGCUUUGGGGGUGCACUAGAGAUGAAAGGGCGGCGUCUAGACUUGCAGGGGAUACGAGUGCUGAAGAAAGGUCCCCAGGAUGGAGCGGCCAAAAGUUCUUGCUAUGGAGACUGCAGAAGUGAAGAUGAUGAAGCAACAGAAUGGAUCACAUUCCAGGUCAAACGUGUAAAGAAACCCAAAGGAGAUCAUAAGAAAACUCCUGGGAAAAAGGUAGAAUCAAGUCAGGCAGAAAAUGGGCAUCGUUACCAAGCAAACCUAGAGAUCACGGGCCCAAAAGUGGCAUCUCCUGGGCCACAAGGGCUGCUAGACUGGAAGACCAGGGAAGUGCCAUAGAGAUAAUGUAACUGGAUUUCAGCAAGGCAUUUAACAGAGCCUCUUAUGAUAUCCUUGCGAACAAGAUGGAGAGAUCUGGUCUCAGCCUUCCCAUUGCCUACAGGAUAAAGUCCAGACUUUCUAGUGUGGCAUACAAGACCCUUUACAACUCGGCCUCUCUCUACCCUUCAGCACCAUUGUCUGAACCAACCAUGUUCUUAUUUUACCUCUGUGCCUUUGUGCAUGCUAUUCCAUCUGCCAGGAAUGCCCUUAACACUUCCUCUACAGUGCUAAAUGUCACUCAUCUUUAAACUUCAAAAUCAAGUGCCAUCUCUCUACCUUCACUCUAGCACUUAUCCUGUUGUAUUAUAUGAUAAUGGAUCCUUUAUGUUUGCCUUCCUCACUAGACUGUGAGCCCAAGAGCAGGCUAUCUUAUUACUCUUGUCUGUAUCCCUAGUGUUUUACACAGUUCCCAGACCCUUAUGAUAGGAGUUCAAUAAAUAUUUAUAAAAUGAAUUCCAAAAUAUAAAAGAAAAAAAUUUUUGUGAAUAUUAUGAUUAAAGUUUUUAAUUUAAGCAGUUUAUUUAAAACUCUUCUAAACUAUUUUUUUCUGUUUUAUUAAAAUCUCAAUCUAAACCUCUACCUGUACCUCAAACAGGUUUCUGUUGUUGGUAAAUUCCUACAAUAUAAGAAGUGCUAUAUAGAACUUAAGUUCUCCUUCCUGCCCAUUUCAUUAUGAUUCCCUCAGAAGAAUCCUUCCCAAAAAAAACAGUUCUGCUGUCUUCUUAGGAACUUGGUCUAAGUAAAGGGCCUGAGCUCAAAAGGUAAUACCUGUGAAGGAUGCUAAUAAACAGAGCUUUCAAAGCCCUGAAUAGUUUUAUAUAGUGAAAGAAACCUAGAUCUCCAUCCCCGCUCAGCAAUCCACUAGCCUUGUGACCUUGGGCAAGUCCCUUAAUUUCUCUGAGCCUUCAUUUUCUCAUCUGAGAAAUAAGGAUUAAAAUUUUAUCUCAUGAGACCAGGCCAGUGGCACAUACCUGUAAUCCUAGCACUUUGGGAGACCAAGUCAGGAGGAUCAUUUGAGGCCAGAAAUUCAAGACCAGCCUGAGCAAGAGCAAGACCACAUCUUUACAAAAAGUAGAGGAAAAAAUUAGCCGGGUUUGGUGGCAUGCACCUAUAGUCCCAGCUACUCCAGAGGUUUAGGCAGAAGGAUCACUUGAGCUCAGAGGAGUUUGAGGUUGCAAUGAGCUGUGAGGAUGCCACUGCACUCUAGCCAGGGCAACAGAGUGAGACUCUGUCUCAAAAAAAAAGGUACCUCAUGAGGUUAAUGAUGUAAAGCACUUAGCACAGGACCUGAACACAUAAGUGCUCUUAAAAUAAAUGAUAACCUGGCUGGUCCAAGUGUAAUGGUAUUUACAACUAAUUGAUCACAGUCAGUUACAGAUGUCUUUGUUCCUUCUCCACUCCCACUACUUCACUUACCUAGCUUUAAGGAAAAUAGUGAUGAUGACCUUUUAUUAGCAUCAUUAUUUUACACCCUGCUGCUCCUCUUUACAGCAGUGAUUCUCUACUUGGGGUGAUUUGGGGCCCCCAUGGGACAUCUGGCAGUAUCUGGAGCUGUUUUCCAGAUGUUUUAAUCUGAAGGAGGGUGCUACUAAGAUCUAGUAGAGACCAAAAGUGCUAAACAUCCUUCAGUGCACAGGACAGUCCCUUAGCGAAGGAUUAUCUAGCCCCAAAUGUCAAUAAUGCCAGGUUGAGAAACACCACUUUCAAGAUAUAUACAUCUACUGACUUAAGUUAGAGUUGUCCUUAUGAACUCAAAAUUUACAAAGGUAAAAAUUAAGUUAAAUGAGAAUGUUAACAUCAAAGAAUAUCUUAACCUUUAUUUCAUGUUGAUCAAUCUUAAUUCCAGAAAAGGACAAAUUUAUUUUUACUUCAUUUAUCUUUGAGAUUACAGCUUGACUCAAUCUUUAUUCCCAUUGCUGUGUAUGAUAAGAUUUUAAUUAGAUCUAUAGAACAUGGAAACUCUAAAGACUGGAAGAAUGACUAGCACCUCUAAAUAUACCAGUUUGGAUAAAGUAAUCACCAGGAUAUAAGUCACUUCGGGUUCUGUUCCUUUGUAAUUGUGUAGAUUCAUGACAUACUUUG